AUAUAAACAAUUAGGUAUAUAUCUUAAAAUGGUUUAUUUUUUAUACUCAUUACGAAUCCUUAUGGUAAAACAUUACCUACAUAAACGCACGUUACCUACAAUAGGUAUACUGUAAGUAUGCCAGUUACAUACCGACAGAAAUACCCACUAUUGUAUAUACGCAAACAAAUUACCUAUGUCCACUAGCAUGCUAUUAACAUUAUUAGAGCCUGCCACUUCAAAUGGUUCAUUAAUUUAAUGUAAACGUCGUUCCAUUGAUUGAUGUUUAUCAUACGAAUGUGCUGAUCGUAGUUGUACAAGGGUAGGCCCUUCAACGUUUAUAUUUUUAAACCAUUGCUGUACUAGUUGCAACUAGUGAAUUCGUUAACAGUGUUCACGGAACCACAGUCAUGCAAGUCAGUGAUAUUAUAAAAACUGGAGAUUUCAAUAAUAAAUCAUACAACUCAAUGAUACCAAUCAUAAGGAUUUUAAAAGUUUUUGCUAUUAACGGCAAUGUGGCGCCCAACAAGACAUCCAUGCUCAUCAAAAGCAUUUGUGCCUGUUCCAUAUUCGGAUGUUUGAGCUCCUACUGCUUGUACUACAAAACAAAAUAUGUUUACAACAGGUUGGAUAUUUCUAUCAGAGUAACAGACAUGGCACAGAUGAUUUGCGACUUCUUCCAGUAUACUGUCGAUCUAUUCUUUGUCUAUAAAUUUGGGAGGAACUUGUACAUAGAAUACUUCAGACAGUUCGAAAUAAUUGAUGUUUGUCUAGAAACUAGUUGCUACGCUGAAAUGAAACGGAGACUGUUAAAAACGAUGACUUUUUUCUUAGUCAUUUGGUUCAUAAGUUCUUUUACUGAUCUAGGAGCAUGGGUCAUUACCUACGGUUGGAUGAUCCCAGUCGUACAUUCACUUUCAUACCUGUAUCUCCUUAUUAAAAUUCUGGCUACAUUAGACUUGAUUGCAAAUAUAAUACAAGUUGAAGUUCGGCUAAGAAUUAUCAACAAUUUUAUAAAAAAUUGCUACAAAUGUGCAAGCGCCUGUCCUGUUGGGAUCUUAGCAGACUGUAUACGUAACAAGAAUUGGUUGCAUGGCGAAGAUGGAUCGCCAGAUCAAAGUUUGAAGGCACGUUCAAUAGACAGUCAUGAAAUAAAACGGCUCUCGAAAUGUUACCUCUUGCUAACGGAACAAGUUAUGUUUAUUAACAAAAUGUACGGAUUUCGGAUUCUACUGAACACAACGAGCCUGCUAUUCGAUAUGGUGAAGAUAUUGAAUUUAGCUAUAAGAAUUAUCGUCGGGUCACAGCGAACCCUAUACAACAGCGCGGGAUACAACUUUUUGCCGGGAGUAUCCGGAUUUGUUCGCUUUUUAACUUGCGCUGCCAUUUUAAUAACUUUGGUAAACCGUUGCGAGCAAGCCUAUCGGCAGAGAGAGCGGAUCCUCAACGUCAUUGAUCAUUUACUGAUUAAUAAGAAUCCUGAUCUAACCCUGCGGUCAGCAAUACAGGACUUACAGUCAUUAUUACAAGAUCGCCCCAUUUGCUUCAACAUGGCUGGUUUCUUCACAUUGAACUUCUCGCUUUUAGUUUCUAUAGCUUCCGUGGUGGUGACUUACACCAUAAUAUUGUUACAAAGUGUGAAUUGAAAUACAUGAUAUUUUUAUUUGUUAA